AUGAUCAACCAACCCGUUAAAACCACCUACGGCCUCGUGCAGGGCGUUGCUUCGGAAUUCAAGCCUGGGAUCAAAGUAUUCAAGGGCUUGCCAUAUGCUGCUUCGACUGCAGGCGAAAACAGAUGGCAAGCUCCUCAGCCACGAACACCAUGGGAAGGCGUGUUGGUGGCAGAUAAAUUCGGUCCUCCAUGCCCACAGAUCCCUUUCGGGCCAAUGAAUGUGCUCCCCGUGCAGAGCGAGGAUUGCUUGUCACUAAACAUUUGGACUCCUGUUCAGGAUUCAACAGAUGAGAAUUCCAAACUCCCCGUCUUUGUUUGGAUUUAUGGCGGCCGUUUUAUCGCGGGAUCGGGAUCUGAACAGGCAUAUGAUGGCGCAGGGCUUGCGUCAAAGGGUAUCAUUGUGGUAACUCUCAACUAUCGUGUGGGCAUACUCGGCUUCCUGGCCACGCCGGAACUGAGCGAAGAGUCUGGACAUAACGCGUCUGGAAACUACGGCAUUCUUGAUCAGCAGGCUGCGCUGAAAUGGGUCAAGGAGAACAUAGCAGCUUUUGGAGGCGACCCAACCAAAAUCACUAUUGGAGGUCAGUCAGCUGGAGGCGCGUCGACUGGUAUUCAUAUCCUCUCGCCUCUCUCGCGCGGCCUUUUCCGUGCUGCGAUCCCGCAAUCUGGAUGGCGCUACUCUCGCGAUCCUCUCCUGAGUGGACUGGCACCGGCAUAUCGUACCAAGAAGAAAGCCGAAACACAAGGGCUGGCCACGCUGAAAGAGAAAGGCGCAUCCAACAUCGCCGAAUUGCGAAAACUACCGCUUGAUAUACUUUUGGAAGGGAAUAACAAGAAUGAUGAUGUAUGGGGCGUUCCACCAUUCUAUCGACCUUGUAUCGAUGGCUGGGUUCUUCCCUACAACUAUGAAGAAUCACUCAACAGGGGUAUCCAAGCCGAUAUUCCAAUCUUGACGGGCCACAACGCUGACGAAGGAGGUACCUAUGCUGACCCGGAGUUUGAUGCGGAUGAUUUCAAGGCCUGUGCACAGCAGAAGUAUGGGGCCUCUUUUGUCGAAGAGUUUCUAGAGCUGUACCCUAUCACCGAGAGCAUCGAUGCCAGAGAGGCGUGGAAUCAAGCUGCCCGCGAUCAUUCGCGUAUUACCGUCUCAAUGUGGGCUGAUCAAUUCCAUCAACAUUCUCACAGCCCUGUAUACGGCUAUUUCUACUCGCAUGCACCACCUGCACGCCAGGGAGGUCCCGAUGCACCUCCAUCGCGUCAGGCAAUUGGUGCUGCUGGUCCAGAUAGCCAGACACCGCAGCAAAAAGAGGCUGAGACCGAGAAGAAGGGACAAAAGUUGCGGAUCUACGAAGCAGACGUACCUCGAUCUACCUACACAUACAGCAAGACGGGACCUGGGUCCCGAUACGGCACAUUUCACGGUGCUGAAAUCCCUUUCGUGCUGAAUAAUCUUUAUGCUCAGGACGGAUAUCCAUACGGCGAGGCUGAUUAUGCGGUGGCCGAGAAGAUGUCGACUUACUGGGCCAAUUUCAUCAAGACCGCAAACCCUAAUGAUGAUGGAUUGGAUGAGUUUGUUACUACUACCCCUGAGAGGAUAAUGGGACUCGGCGAUAAGUGUGGUUCUUUAGCAUUGGCUGCGAAUGAGCGUAGAGUGAGAUUCUGGAAGAAGUUCCUUGCUGCUCAAAAACCUUGGUAG